GAGAGAGAGAUGGCAGUGGCUUUUGUCAAAGUACUGAGCAUCCUUGUGGUUGCCUUGUUGGCGGUACCAAGCGGCCUGAACUCCGGCCAGGUUAUGGCAUGUGACUGCCCAAAGGAGAAAGAUGAGUUGAUAGCUGUCUGCGGCAAGUACGCCCUGAAAUGCAACCCAGUUCCUGGGCCGCCAUGUCCAAGUUGCUGCAACAAGAUCAUGGCUUCAGAUAUUGCUUGUGCCUGCCGAGCACUCACUCCUACGGACGUGAAGAUAUACAAUAUAACAUUGGGUCUCUGCAACGUCCACAAGUGUGGUUAUCCCCUUCCCCCCGGCUUCAAAUGCGCUGGUUACAUGCUGCCCGAAGUUUGUUGAAGGCGAAGGAGCUUCGUUUAUGAAUGAUGUGGGUGCCUGCUCUUGCGUUGAAUGAAGCAUAAGUAGUAAUCGUGUGCCCUUGGUUCCGUGAUCUAUCAGAUGUUGUACGUCUGUCUAUUAUCUAAUGAAUAAAGCAAUGAGCAUGGCUGUUUGUAUGCAUGAUGGGUCUAAUGCUUUUGGUGUUCGAAUUAGGGCAAGAGUCGGUUAAGAUCUAUGGUUAUGUCAGGCACUUCCUGCCACAUACUGCAUGCACAGGUGUGCCUUUUGUUCCAUGAUCUAUCAGAUGUUGUACUUCUAUCUAUUAUCUAAUGA